AUGGAAUUAUCUGCUCCUUUUCUCGCCUCAUACUGGCAGUACAUUGCCUCAGUUUUUGCCGGAAUUUUCAUCGCUCAGGUAAUGAGGGGAGUUUUCCAGCAGAAGGAACAAGGUUAUACUGUAGAUGUGGACCCUAUGCAAGAUGGCGAAACGACCGACAUCCCUCAAAGUGACCCACGUGAAUUAGGUGACAAUGAUCAAAUACCUUAUCCUUGGUUCGAUGAUCGCUUGACCGAGGAACAAAUGAAACAAAAGUCCGCCGAGUUCUACGAAAAGAUGAACAAACGACGAACUGUUCGCAAAAUUAGCGACGAAGACGUCCCUUUGGAGGUAGUGGAAAACAUCAUUAAAACGGCAGGUUAACACAUAACUGAAACUAUGAUAAAAUAAGCAUAUCUGUUCCAUUGUUCUAUUUUACUCUUUGCAUGACCGAUAACUAUAACUGUAAGAAGAGUAUAUCUAUAUGCAUCCAUGUAAGAGCCUGGUUUUAAAAGCGAUUCAAGAACCUCUGACCACCUUUCCUCCCUUCCAAGAUGGCGCCAUGUUUGACUAAACUCACCCUUUCAAAUAUAUUGGACACGAGACUGUGUUUAACUGUUGCUGACCAGCUUUAUCUUUGAUGAUUAUUUUUUGUGAUAUUUGUAGGUCAAUUAUCUUGUUCGCUUUAGUUUUACAAAUAGUAUCAUACGGAUAAAGAACAUAUAAUAAACAUACAAAAUAAAUCGAAGAAAAUUAAAGUAAGAAUCCUCCCUGAUAACUAGUAUAUUUAUUAUUUUAUCAGUUAUCUCAAUUUUCUCGAACUGUAUAUUUCAUAUUUGGGUUAUUUAUAUUUCUUUGUUCAUUCCAUAGAGGGUUAAAGAGUCAUCGAUUUUAACAGUGUCACGAGUUGCCCUCUAAAAAUAGUCUUUUAUAUUGUAUCGUAUUGUAUAUAUUGUAUACACAGCGCCUUCUACUUUAAUUCUCAUAGAGUACUAAAGUGUGACGUCAUAAAAAUAAAAUUUCUGAAAUUAUGGGAUUUGUCAGGAUAUUCUGAAAGAACAAUGUCCAAGAGGCCUUCUUGCCAAAAAUGAGCAUUUGGGGGCAAAUUGUCGCUGAGAUCGUAGCCCAGUUAUGCUUAGAAAACUCCAUACAAACCCUUCUAAAUUUUUUUUGGGUCGACCCAAAAAAAUUUUAGAAGGAUCUCAGCGACAAUUUGCCCCAAAAUGCUCAUUUUUGGCAAGUAGGCCUCUUGGACAUUGUUCUUUCAGAAUAUUCUGACAAAUCCCAUAAUUUCAGAAAUUUCAUUUUUAUGACGUUAUCACUUUAGUACUCUAUUACUGUUGUUUUAAUGGUAAUUAGUAUCUGCAGUCAAUCAGUUCUUUAUUCUCUAUUUAUAAAUGAUUAAACUCAAGAUUUAAAAUCGUUGGCCAUCCUCAAAACAUAAUUAUAACAUAGCUAGAAAAUUCGCCUUAUCAAAUUCAAUACCGCGAGAGUGCUUCAUAUUCCUAUUGAGCACGCUGAUGACGUCAAUAAACUAUUCGUAAUUCCUCGAGUUAUUGUGAGCUUAGCAAUCCUGAGUCUCCUGAGUGCAUCCUUAACUCAGUAGUGCACGAUGAAGCGUUUACCAUGUGUUUUAUAAGGAAUUGAAAUUUAAGAGGAAACGUUUGAAUUUGUUAACCGAUAGUAAGGAAAAGAGGUGAGUGUUGUUUUUGUUGUUGUCAUCUCCGCGAGCUGUGCGGGCUGUGGCGUGAGAUCAUUCUUUGCAAAGCUGUUUUGUCUCAAUAACAAUUUUUCCGUAAAUUAAUAUUUUUUUGGCACCUAAAUAUGGAUUUUACAAUCAUUUUUUUCUCUCAGUUUCAGGAUAAAAACAUAAGAUUAACUGUGAGGAAAGAAAAUAUAGUCACGUAAACAUUGUACGGCUUUGAGGGCGCCCUGCAAUAAUAAAAUUUUGCUGCAUUGAUCGCUUUGAUAAUGUUAUAAAACAAUUAGUUCAUGCUGCAGCUGUGCGUAUGUCGAGAUAUUGAGCACGUGGGAAGUUUGGAGAGCACUCAGGAGGCUAGAGUUGCACUACGCUACUCUGCGAGCAUUCGCAAAAAAUUCUCUCGCUAACGCGGAACUGAUGAGAAAUUACCCUUUAGGAUUUUCUUGUAAGAUGCUAGAAAGAGCUGUCCACGCACAACUUCUGUCUUUUCUCAAUGAGCGGAAUUUAUAAUCCUCUCCAAACUCACUUUUGAAUUACCUAUUCAACUGCCGGGUAAUUCAAAAGUUUAUCUUUUAUACUUGAAAUGCGGAAAUUACUCAUUUAUUUCACCAGCGAAAUGACUUUAAAACAUUUCUGUUGAAUCUGAUACAAUAUAUGUUUUGUAAACCAUCAUAUUUCUUCAACGAGCAACAAUAUUAAAUGGGAUCACUUUGAGAUAUUAACAACCGGGAAAUCAGAUGUACAUUGUAGAAUAAAAGAAACUUUAUUGAUUCGAGAUUUAAAACCUGCUUUAAAUGAAAAUGCUGGCAGUUGUAGACUUCAAAUUGAGUCUUGAGUUUUUCACAUCCGUGGACGUAAAGGCGGCUCAUUAUUCAGAACUGAACUGGCCAUAUUACAUUGGUUGUCCAACAGCAAUUUCCCAAAUAACACCACCGCCCCGCGGUCUGACAUUGGUGACCUGUUCACCUUUAAGCAAGUGUCCUAGCUAAUCAUGGCCAUGCCUACUAAUGAACAAGGCCCCCGGUAAGGACAGAAUACCGAUGCGAUUAAAGACUGUCUUCGGCACAUACUACCAGCUAUUACAAUGCUGAUUAACUCCUCCUUUACUAUGAUAUAUAGAUUUAGCCAUAGAUUCCUUAAAGAAAAUAUAAAAUAGAGUAAUACUAAUGACAAGCUGAAAGCAACGAGAAGGGUAAAAACAACAACAAUAGAUCUAAUUAGCAAAAAAGCAACUCUGCACGUGCAGCAGUUUUUCUUUUGCACAUUUACUUACCUUUCUUUUACACGACUAAAACGUGAAACUUCUUUUAGCUUCCUAUUUAUGCGUUUUAUGGAGGAAAUGUUUGUGUUCCUGUUCACUCUGUUUUUUCACUGCCGCUCCUUUUUCACGUUAGUAGCCGCUAGCAUUUCUCAUUUUCUAACCGCCGCUAUAUAAUUUCAUGUUUUUCUUCCAACGAAAUUAGGCUGCAUGCAAACGGACGCAACAACUCCCAAAAUUGUUGCGCCAACAAUGUUGGGAGUUGUUGCGGUUGUGUUGGCAGUGGUGUGCAAACGGAUGCAACAACUCCCAACAAUGUUGACCUGCAGUGCAUCGUGGGAGGGAUACAACCCAUAAGUCUUUGUAAACCAUGCGUAAUGAGCGUGCGUGGCCCCAACAAUGUUGGAAGUAAUAUAUCAAACAUGAGAUGCAGUGUUUCAUCACCAGAUGAAACACCGAGAAGAGAGUUGAAAAUACGACGCGCAGCGGAGUAUUUUUGACGAACUUCGAGGUGUUUCAUCUGGUGAUGAAACACUGUGUCUCAUGUUUGAUAUUUCUUCUCAAACAAAAUCAUUUUUGAAGGAGAAAUUAAGGAUGCAAAUACUAAGCAGUGUUUCAUCCGAUUUCCAAACACUCAUUAAACAUUAAUUUCCUUUGUAUUUUCUUAAUGAAUUAUUAAUGAGUUUGAGAAGAGCUGUGCAAACGGAUCCAACAUUAUUGCGCUACGCUUUGGCGAUCACGGAACAAAAGAAAUAUUGGGAAUUGUUGGCUGAAAAGUUUGACCGGUUUCAAACUUUGCGCAACAACACGCAACAACAUCCAACAACAUGCAACAGGGUGUGCAAACGGACGCAACAUGUAACAUCCAACAAUGUUGCGUCCGUUUGCACGGGGCUUUAGUCUCCGUUAUUAUUUAGUUCUCGCUCCUAACAAGUGUGACACUUGACAUCGGCUUACAGGUAGUGGGUGUACGGACGGUCGGCGUUCGCACGCUACGUCAUAACCAAAUUUUCUCGGAUGGAUAGUUUACCAAAUUUUCGUACCCAUGGUGCUCCGCUGGCAAGCCUCGCGCGCGAGAGCUCCGCUAUUAUAUUACUAGAAAAACAAUUUUGUACGUGCACCGCGUUUUCUGGCAAAUUUCUUUACUGUCCCUGUACGGUCUGUACGACCACGACGUGAAUUGACAAAGAAGAAAUAUCUUCCUUCUUUCGGUUGUUGCGGUACCCACGAUAAUUCAACUCCAAAAGCAUUCACGCGCCCUUUUUAAAGUGAUUCGGAAUAAACGCAACAAACUUUGAAAAAAUAUGGGAUGGUCAAGGGAUGAAUCCGAAGCUGAUUUAACUGAGUAAAAUGUUAUGAGGUCCUAUGUACCUAUGUACACUUUAAAGGUUUGUUUCCAGCCGUCUCAAGAUCUUUUGACCUCCAUUUGGGGUUAUUUCGAGCUGCUGCCCCAGAACUGGUAAACGGAUGAUGAUCUAACAACCAGAGGGCAUUGUCAGGAUUCAGUAGUAAGUUUCAAACCAACUCUAAACACGAAUCUAUUUACGGCAGAAUUUAAGCAGCUGUCCUACGUUUUCUCUUACAUGGUUUCGCUGCCAGCCAGAAUUUAUACAGCGAAAUGAAAGUAGAUAAUGACCACAGGUUAUUUAUAUAAUGUUUGAGGUUAAUUUUAAUUUGUUGUUAUUCACUUUAGAGAGUAAUAAUUGAUGAAUUAUUACGCGCUCUUUUUAAUCCAAUAACUUUUUUUUUUUUGGUAUUAAAUUUUUCAGGAACAUCUCCAAGUGGAGCUCACACAGAGCCUUGGACCUUUGUGGUUGUACAAGACAAAUCUGUUAAAGCUGAAAUCCGCAGAAUCGUCGAAGAGGAAGAGUAUCUAAAUUAUGGAAGACGAAUGGGGGAACAGUGGGUUAAAGAUAUUGAGUAUCUCAAGACAACGUGGGCCAAACCAUACAUAGACACCGCUCCUUAUCUCAUUCUAGUUUUUAAGCAAGUUUAUGGAUUUAACGAGGACGGCAGUAAGAAAAUGCAUUACUACAAUGAAAUGAGUGUUUGCAUUUCUGUUGGUCUUCUCCUUGCAGCCAUUCAGGUCAGUUAUCUGUUUUUGUUAUACAGUUAAACCCCGCGUUAGGGACAACCGUUUAAUACGGACACCAAAUUAUUAUUACGGACUGUCUGCUUUGUCCCUGGGAAAGAAAGACCUUUCAUUUUCUCUAAAUGCAAGCACCUUAAUACCGACAACCCGUUAAUACGGACAAGGGGUUUGACUUUACAAGAGGCUAGGUGUUAAAUCUAUUUAUACAUUUUGCAAAUAUAAACAGCAGUACAGGCCCCCAAAAAACAUAUAAAAAGCAAGUGUUGAAUCCUUAGAACUUCUAACUGUCUCGAAAAAGCAUUAUUUCAGCCAUAUCCUUAGCUCAUGUAGUUUUUUGUUUCACAUCUUCAAAAGCAGUAGCUAAAUUUUGUCUGUCGAGCCAGAUAAUGAAAGCCAUCCUUCGCCAUGAACUCGUAAUGUCAAUCAAAAAUUAGUUUAUCAAGAUCUAGAUGUACUAAAAGACUCGAAAACGGUAGCCCGGCCUCGCCACGGUGGUCCGCGCUACAGUGGUUGUAACCUGUACUUUCUACAGUAAACUCUCUCUAAAAUGGACAGCUUCAGAACCGGUCCUGCGACUGUCCGCCUUGGAGAGGUGACCGUCUUAUAGAGUGUCAAGGUAACACGACAUCAGUAAUUAUAAAGCUGACUAUUCGCAAUCAAUACGCGUAUGUUUAAAACUGCUGAAACUGCAACACACGAAGAGCAGUGGAAUUCUUUCCUCUUUGCGCUAUCAAACGUUCAUUAUAUAAUCCAACAUUCACGGUUUCGUGGUCCAAAAGCGUAACAGUAUACAUUCUGUACACUCUGCGAGCAACAGUUUGCAAGUUACUGUCAUGUAGAGCACCCACAUUUCCUUUUUGAGGUAUUUUUUCACUACAUAAAGCACUUCCCAAUCGUCCGUUGACGGUUUCAAGUGUCCGUUGUUCGUGUUAGAGAAGAUUAGUUACAGUAAAAUGAUUGAAGCACUGCAGGGACCAACACCUGGUGUACGCCUUAUAGAGGUGCGGUCCGUUAAAAGAGAGUUGACUGUAUAACGUACAAUUAGCGUUAAAGUAUAUUUAUGUAUAUUUCACCAGCGCAUGCACAUGCGUAUUUGCCAGAAUAAACCUCAAUUAACUUAUAUCAUUUUUAACAGAAUGCUGGAUUGGUAACAGUAACAUCGACUCCAAUGAAUGCUGGGCCACAAUUACGAGAAUUACUUGGAAGAAAGAGCAAUGAAAAGCUAAUAUUACUACUUCCACUUGGUUAUCCUGAUAAACAAGCAAUGGUGCCAAACAUUAGAAGAAAGCCACUUGAAGACAUCAUGGUUCUAAAAUAA